CUUUUUUUGAUCGCUAGUAGGUAACAAGAAACAAUUCAAUUUUUAUCGGGCAUUUUUGAAACUGUUAAUUUACCUUGUCCAUCAACCAUUACAUAUAACAAUUGAUUUAUUUAUUGAUCACCAUUUUAUAAUGGCUAACAUGUCAGAAGUCACAAAACCUGGAGAAUCAUUAACUGCAACAAUUGCUCGCCACUACGAUAACGGAGAAAAUAAUUUAUCAGCACGAAAUGAAUCUCGUAUCUUGUAUUUACGCAAUUUUAACAAUUGGGUUAAAUCAACUCUUAUCCAGGAAGCAGUAACAAUGCUGAGAGACAGUAGAAUUCAUGAUGGAAAAAUGCAUGUAUUAGACUUUGCUUGUGGUAAAGGUGGUGAUUUAAAUAAAUGGAGAAAUUCAAGUUGUAUGGAACAUCUUGUGGCUGUAGAUAUAUCUCCUGGAUCAAUAUCAAAUUGUCAUUCCAGAUAUGAAGAAAUGAAAAAAAGAAAUAAAUACUUAUUUGAUGCUGAAUUUAUUGUUGCAGACUGCACUAGAGUAAAUAUAAAUACAUUAUUUAAAGACUCAUCAAUGAAAUUACAUUUGGUAAGUUGUCAAUUUGCAUUUCACUACUGUUUUGAAAGUAUACAACAAGCUGAAUGCAUGCUAAAAAAUGUGUCAGAAAAUUUGAUGAGUGGUGGAAUAUUUAUAGGUACUAUACCUAAUGCCAGGGAAAUUGUGAAACGUCAAAAAGAAUGUGGUAAAAAGCAGUUUGGUAACAGUAUCUAUAACAUUGAGUUUAUGUGUGAUAUUGAUAAACCAUUUCCAAUAUUUGGUGCAAAGUAUAAUUUUCAUUUAGAAGGAGUUGUCGAUUGCCCAGAGUUCCUAGUUUAUUUUCCUGUUUUGGAAAAAUUAGCAAAAAGUUAUGGAUUGGAACUAAAAAUGAAAAUGACAUUCGCCGAAUACUUUGAAAAACGAUCAAAUUUAGAUCUAAAUCUCUUAAAUCGUUUAACUGCUUUAGAGGUCUAUCCUCCACAGAAAGGAAUUGAACUCAUGGGAAUGGAAGACGAUUAUGACAAGGCCAAACAGUUUGUAAUGGAAAAUAAACAUGACAGUAUUGGAACACUAUCAAAAUCUGAAUGGGAAGUUGCAACUCUGUAUAUGGUGUUUAUGUUCCAAAAAAUGUAACUUAGUUAAUUGAAGAUCUAAUUGUAUUUAAAUAUAAAUUGAAAUGAUUUACUAAACUUUGUGCAAUUUAUGUAUGUAUAUUUUUUUUAUAUAAAACAAUUUAA